UAAAAACAACUGUCAAUUUUUUAUAAAGUGCAUCAAAAAUCAAUUUUUAUUAAAAUUCCUCCCACAAAAGAAAAACAAGAAAAACACACAAAUAAAAAUGAGUGCAAUACCCUUUGAAAUAAAACUAAAGCGCGAAAAUAAAAUAUAUUAUGAAGGAGAAAUGCUUACUGGCGUUGUCCAAUUCAAUUGUCCAACUGAAUCCAAACAUGACGGAAUCUAUUUAUCAAUGGAAGGCAUUGUCAACCUACAAUUAAGUACAAAAAAUGUUGGCAUUUUCGAAGCCUUUUACAAUUCAGUUAAACCCAUUCAAUUGUUAAAUACUAAUUUGGAAUUGAGUGCACCUGGAAAACUUGCUCAAGGUUUAUCUGAAUUCCACUUUGAAUUGCCAUUAGUUUGUACUAAAGAACCACGAAUUCUAUACGAAACAUAUCACGGUGUAUUCGUGAAUAUCAAUUAUCAAUUAAAAUGCGAUGUCAAAAGAAGCUUCCUGGCUAAAAGCCUGCAAAAGACUCAACAAUUUUGCAUUCAAUAUAAGCCAAAUAUUGUCGAUGCCAAAAAGUUGCCACCGACUGAAGUGGCAUUUAGCAUUAGUCCGGAAUCAUUGCAGAAAUCUGCCAAAGAGAGAAUCUCAAUUCCAAGAUUUCUGAUAACAGGCAAGUUGGACGAAACUGAAUGUUGUGUAACAAAGCCAAUUACUGGACAUGUAUCUGUCCAACAUACUGAAGUAGCAAUAAAAUCUAUCGAACUUCAAUUAGUUCGUGUAGAAACGUGUGGAUGUGAUGAAGGCUAUUCGAGAGAUGCCACUGAAAUUCAAACUAUACAAAUUGCCGAUGGCAAUGUUUGUCCACAAUUAGAAAUUCCAAUUUAUAUGAUUUUGCCAAGAUUAUUUACAUGUCCGACGCUUAUAACAAAGAAUUUUAAAAUUGAAUUUGAAAUAAAUUUGGUAUUCAUAUUCAAAGAUGACUAUGCUGUAACUGAAAAUUUCCAAAUUGUUUUGAAGAGAGUUGCACCACCUGGUGAAUCGAAAUUUAGUCGUGAUGGCUGAUAAGUGGGAGGAGGGGAGGUCAACGACAAUUAUAAUGAUGCACAAGAAUGUGAUGUAAAAUGUCCAUGUGUGUUUUCAAUAUUAAUGUUGAACGUAUAAAUUAAAUGUAUCCAAUUUUUGUUUUUUGUUUUUAGUCUUAAAUAAUAAUAAUGUUCUAACCAAGUGAUUUAUAUAAAUAUAAUUAUAUUUAGGAUAACUUAAUAAGUAGUUAAAAUUAAAAAAA